UUCAAACCUUUUCAGUAUAGUUUUACCCUUUCUUCCUCUUCCUCCUCUUUUUCUUCAAUCUUGUCUCUUCCUUAAUUUCUUCAUUCUUGUUAUCCUUAUCAAUUCUAAAUGUCGUCAAAUGAAAAGAAAGAUCCACAAUAUGAUUAUGAUCCUUUCCAAGGAUUCAGCCGAUCAACCUUUCCAUUCUUUGACAAUUACAAUAAUCCUUUUAUUUACAACCAAGCUGCAGCAGCUGCUCCAACACCAACAAGAAGACAAAAUUUUCAGGGCUUUGAUCCUUCUUACACAAGCUUCACUGACUGCUUACAUGGCUCUGCAGUCGACUACAACUCCUUUUCAAGAGCCUUCGACAUGUCAUGUUCUUCAUCUGAUGUUGUUAGUCCCAUCGAUGACAGUACCAACUCCAAGAAAAUCAGCACCACUGCAGAUAAUGAUAAUAAUAAUAAUAUUACUGAAAACCCAUCCGCACCAAAUUCCCCAGCGUCUUCUUCUUCAAACGAGGGAGCAGCUGAUGAAGAUUCAAGCAAGACCAAGAAAGAUAAGCAACCAAAAGGGGCUGAAGAUCAUGGAGAUGACAAGUCAAAGAAAGUGAACAAAGCAAAAAAGGAGAAACAGCAAAGAGAGCCAAGGUUUGCCUUCCUCACCAAGAGUGAGAUUGAUCAUCUUGAAGAUGGAUACAGAUGGAGGAAGUAUGGACAGAAGGCGGUCAAGAACAGCCCUUAUCCAAGAAGUUAUUACAGAUGCACCACCCAAAAAUGUGGUGUUAAGAAGCGUAUUGAAAGAUCUUUUCAAGAUCCCUCAGUGGUGAUCACAACAUAUGAAGGACAGCAUAAUCAUCACAUUCCGGCAACUCUUCGAGGCAGUGGAGUUGGGAUGCUUUCAACUUCAAUUCUGACAUCAUCAGCAUCAAUGAAUCCCAGCUUCCCUCACGAAUUCCUAAGUCAUUUCCUUCCAUCAACAAGCAAUCCAGCAGGAGACACAAACUCUAUGCACUAUCAAACCCUUGCCUCUCACCAGCAGCAGCAGCAGCUUCAAGUUCCUGAUUAUGGCUUUUUAGAAGAUUUAGUUUCUUCCUUCACCCGCAGGCAGGCUCCAUGAAACUCUAUAGUGAUCUAUCCCUCUCCUGGAAUUAAUAUAUAAAUGAACUAAUUAGUUACAAGUCUGGCUUACUUAGAGCAUUAUCUCUGACUAGCUGGAGUUCCUGCAUAUUCUUCUUCAUCUAAUUGCAAUAUUAAUUCUCUUCUCUCUCUCUCUCUCUCUCUCUCUUUUUAUUUAAUCUUUUUGAUACCCCAAAAUAUGGGAAGCGUAAGCAUUAGUGGAGGCGAUGGGGUUAGUCCUUGUAUGAAAUUUGGGAAUCCAGUUCUUUUUGUUGUGCAAAUGCAAUUAUUCCGAAGGUUUUCACUCACUGUGCCUAGAGAUGAAAUUGUAAUAUUGAAA